AUGUGCUCAGUUCUGUGCUAUCGUCACCACAGCUUCACUCGUUUACAAGGAAUUCGCAACAUGAGCACAAUGCCAGAGGAUGCGUGCUUUGUGUGCUACUAUGCCUACGGAGCAUCGGCUGGUCGAGAAUGGUAUGUCAAUCCUGCUAUGCAGUUCAAAGACGACAGUAUCAGCGAUGCUGACCUAGCAUUACUCAACAGGGUUUUCAAAAAAAUGUUUCACUUCGAUUCUUUUUUGUUGUUCGGUCCUUCAGGCAGACGUUGCCGAUGCCACCGCGCUGCAGCUGCUGCAAUGUGA